CGUUGGGCCAGAUAUGAGCCGAUCCGAAAUAUUGAUGAAACCCGCAAAAAUAUCUCAACUGACACGGCGUUUUAAUAAAACAAACACCAUGUAGGUUCCAGUGAUUAAAAAAAUACAAAGGAAAUGAUUUGUUCUUCUAGCUUGCACGUGUCCGGUUCCGGCACUAGAAACAGCCCAUCUCCUCCAUCAUCCGAAGCUUCCGAUGAACCGGUCCGAAAAAUUAAAGCCAGUCCUCAAUUAAACCGGUGGUCCAGAGCUCGAACCAUCCGGUCCGGCAGGAAACUAGACCGGUCUACCAGUACUGAAUCCUUGCUUACCAAGUCCGGUUCAUUACCGGUUCGGAGUCAACCGGAAAUUGAGUCGUUGUUAUUGCCUAUGUCUCCUCCUAAUAAUAAACGUGAUAGCCGGUCGAGUUCGUCGGAUGAUGAGAAGGAGGGUAACGGCGGAGGGAUACCGAUAUUUAUUUUGUCAGAUGGAACUGGAUGGACGGCGGAACACGCCGUUAAUGCUGCGUUGGGACAAUUUGAUUAUUGCUUAAUUGAUGGUGUUUGCCCUGUCAAUACUCACUUGUUCUCUGGGAUUGAUGAUGUUGAUAAAUUAAUGGAGAUAAUAAAGCAAGCAGCCAAAGAAAGGGCAAUGGUGGUCUAUACUUUAGCUGAGCCUUCCAUGGCUCAAUCUGCCAAACAAGCAUGUCAACACUGGGGUGUAGCAUCUAAUGAUAUACUGGGACCACUUACAGAUGCAAUUGCUGGCCAUUUGGGUGUUUCACCUUCUGGCCUCUCUCGCUGGGCUCCUGAGAGGCAGAAAACUCCUCUCAGCGAGGAAUACUUCCGGAGGAUUGAAGCAGUUGAGUUUACCAUAAAGCAAGAUGAUGGUGCCUUGCCACGAAACCUGGACAUGGCUGAUAUAGUUCUAACCGGUGUAUCACGAACUGGGAAGACACCACUGUCUAUUUAUCUAGCACAGAAAGGGUAUAAAGUAGCUAAUGUCCCAAUUGUCAUGAAUGUAGAUUUGCCCAAGACUCUCUUUGAAGUCAACCCGGAAAAGGUUUUUGCUUUGACAAUAAAUCCUGUUGUUCUGCAAUCCAUCAGAAGAGCAAGAGCUAAGACACUGGGUUUAAAUGGAGAAUUGAAGUCGAACUAUUGGGACAUGGAUUAUGUGAAAGAAGAGUUGGAAUACGCUGGGAAAAUUUUUGCGCAAAACCCUGUCUGGCCAGUGAUAGAAGUUACUGCUAAAGCUAUUGAAGAGACAGCUGUUAUUGUUCUGAGACUUUACCAUGACAGAAAGAAUAGGUGUUCAAUGCCAAGAAUUUCCAAACGCUAUUAAGCUGCUGCUCUGAAGCAUUGAUGGAUCAGAUCUGAAGGUUCGACGAAAGACAAUACUUGAAAGCCAAGACAUCAUCUUCGGGCUGUCAGUGCCAGAGCAAUAAACGUACUGUGGUUGCAACCUAUGUAUAACUGGUCUUGUACAUUUUGCUUUACAUUGUACAGUACUCUAUGUAGUUUGCACACAUUAUAGGUAAUGUCAACUCUUCCUGCACCUCAAA